UGUGAUUGUUUCGUGCGAUAUUUAUUUAUAUACAUAUAUAAAUGUUAAAUUAAAUUUUAGCAUACCACUACCAAUUAACUAAAACUUUCGUGUUUGACUGUGUUUCUAGAUUUAUUUAAUAACAUUCUUUGUUAAUUAAAAUGGGAAAAGCAAAAAAAUUAAAGCCAUCUCAAAUUGGUAAAAACAUCGCACUUGCGGAUCAGAUUGAGGCUGUAAAUUCUGUUAAAAAUAAGAAUCGAAUUAAACAGAAGAACCGACAUGAUGAUGACGAAGAAUUUGUUAACGCAGAUUUAUCGAAGAAAAUAUUGAAAGCUGCUAGAAGACAGCAAGUUGAACUUGGUGACGGUGAAGCUAGUGCAUCAGUUAAACAUGUGCUUCCACUGGAGAUCAAUGCUAGUUCUGACAAUGAUGCUGACUCUGACACCGACGACUUGGAGCCUGAUACUUACUACGACAAUAUUGAAAUUAAUGAGGAAGAUGAAGAGGCUUUGAGAAUGUUCAUGUCGAGUAAACCAGAGAAGACCAGGACAUUAGCAGAUAUUAUAAAAGACAAAAUAACAGACAAACACACUGAAUUGCAAACACAAUUCUCAGAUGUAGAGACAUUGAAGCUACAAAAUAUUGAUCCAAGGAUAAAAACAAUGUACCAAGGUGUAAGGGAUGUUUUACAGAAAUAUCGCUCAGGUAAAUUGCCUAAAGCGUUUAAGAUGAUCCCUCAUCUUCAAAAUUGGGAGCAAAUACUAUAUUUAACUGAACCUACAACUUGGUCAGCUGCAGCUAUGUAUCAGGCUACUAGAAUCUUUGCAUCAAAUCUUAAGGAAAAGAUGGCACAAAGAUUCUAUAAUUUGGUUCUACUUCCUCGUGUGAGAGAUGAUUUAGCUGAAUACAAAAGAUUAAACUUUCAUUUGUAUCAAGCACUACGAAAGUCCCUAUUUAAACCAGGAGCAUUCAUGAAAGGGAUUUUGCUGCCUUUGUUAGAAUCAGGUGAUUGCACAUUGCGUGAAGCCAUUAUUGUAGGCUCCGUAUUGGCCCGUAAUUCAGUGCCAGUCUUGCACUCUAGUGCAGCUCUGUUAAAAAUCGCCGAAAUGGACUACACUGGCGCCAAUUCUAUAUUUUUGCGAAUAUUGUUCGACAAAAAAUAUGCUCUACCAUAUAGGGUUGUGGAUUCUGUUGUUUUCCAUUUUCUAAGGUUCCAAACAGAGUCUAGAAUGUUACCAGUGCUGUGGCACCAGGCUCUCCUAACAUUUGUUCAGCGCUACAAAGCUGAUAUUUCUACCGAGCAACGGGAUGCACUCUUAGAAUUAUUAAGAAAACAAUCUCACCCUACUAUCACACCAGAGAUUCGCAGGGAGUUACAAGCCGCACAAUGCAGAGAUGUUGAAGUGAAUGAGGCUGUACAGAACUGUAUGGCAGUGGAAUAAAUACAAUGACUAUGUAUUUGAUAUAA